CAGUUAUCAAUUCAACAUAUCAAGUGCAAGUCUAUAAAUGGAAACGCGUGGUAUUUAUCUUUAGAUAAGUUACUAACAUUAUUUGCUUCGUAUUUGAAACUAUCGCUAUCUCUAAAAAUGGGACUUCUACAACUAUUAUACAUUCUUUUGUCCGUAUGUUUAGUAUGGUGUGCAAACUGUAAAGAUGGGUACUCCUCACACGGUGAUUAUUGCUAUGCUUUGUUACCAUUGAAGGCUUCAUGGGCAGAGGCCCAGCAAUAUUGUAAAGCUUUAGGCGCCUCCCUCGCAGUUAUAGAAAACAACGAUGAAAGAUUGUUCGUUGAAGGGAUGCUGAAACGAGAGCACAACAAUAUAUCAACGGGUCAAAUAUGGAUAGGCGGAACAGAUUUGUUACAGGAGGGGCAGUGGGUAGCUCCUGAAACACUUGAACCAUUGUCCUAUUUCAACUGGGCAACCGGAGAGCCCGACAAUCUGAUGGGACAACACUGCCUGGCUAUAUUCAAUUCUGCUGAUUUAAAAUGGGAUGAUAACCUGUGCGAGGUUCAUAACUUUGCUUUGUGUAAAGCAGAGGGAAGUGCAGAUAUAAGCAUUGUUGGUUAGAUUAUUAACUUGAAUUUGACACCAUUAAUUCAUUAAUUACACUUUAUUGAGAAGUAAUUGAAAACAAAAUGAAGACAAUAAACAAAAAUAAUAUUC